GUAGUUUCGCUGCUAGCGUGAACUUCCCCAUCAGAAGCGAACGAGCGAAAAGGCUAUAGAAUAAAAUCUUCUCAAAAGAUUCCCUGCAGGUGCUGUUCCUCUCUGGGUGGCGGCUUUACAGACCGCGGUCACACGAGCCUCUACCUCCCGCAGAAGAGCUCGGCGGAUCUGAGGCGGCCAUGGCGCACGUCAGCUCGGUUCAGGCCCGCCGAGCGGCACUGGAGGGCGCCCUGAGUGGGAAGUCUGGAAAUACUCCAGAGCCCCCCAUGCCUGCCUUUAAAGCUAAGCUUUCGGAGUCCCAAAGCAGCGGUGACCCCCCCAGGGCACCGCCAUCGUUCACCAAGCCGCCCAUGCCUAAAUACUCCCUGGGUGGGGACAAACCGACCCCCACGGUGUCGUCUGUUCUUCCGAAGCCCUACCAGGCCCCGGAAUGGCCAAAAAAACAGAACAGCCUUACUGGAUCCCCCAAACCCAUCCGAGGGCCCGGCGUCAGCACUUUCGCAGCACCGGAGCCUGAGAAACAGGCAGAAACGCCCCUGAGGACGAAGAGCAACAUAGAUGGCGGCAACAAGUUCAGCAACAUAUCACCCACGAUCCCCACGCCGCCAGUGUCAGUCUCUAAGCCAUCGCUGAACCCACCUACCACAAAACCCAGCCUACAUCCCAACUCCCAGGCCCAGGAGGGUGAUCCCUCCACCCCCAGGAAAAAAACCCUGCCAAAUAUUUUCAGUCUGGGGAAUGCACCCCCGAAGCCAAACAGGCCCCCCAAGGUCAACCUGGAGAUGUUUACCGGGGACAGAGGGUGCGUGAAAGAUGACCCCAAACAGAAGAUGGGGGGAGCUUCCUGCAGCCAGCCAGUGGCGCCCCCUCCUGCCCCGAGCCUUUUCCUGCGAGCCCCAGUGGCUAAAGCUCAGCCUGAACUGGAGGAGGAGGAGGAGGAGAGCUACGAUGACGUCGGACUCUCAGGCGCCCCGCCGCCGCCCCCGGGAGGGCAUCCCAGUAACAAGCCAGAGGAUGAGGGUGACGGAGAGAUGUACGAAGAUAUCGAAGAAUUAAGGAUGCCAAAGGACUCCAAGGAAACGAGAGAGCAGGAAAAGAAGCAUGAAAAGGAUAAAAAGAAAAGAAUAGAGCAGGAACGAAAAGAGCAGAAGGAACGAGAGAAGAAAGAGCAGGAAGUCAGGAAGAAGUUCAAGAUAACAGGACCGAUCCAGGUUAUCCACACGGCGAGAGCCCGCAAGGAUUGUAAAGGGGGCAAGAACGACCUUUCUUUGAAAGAAGGACAGACCGUCGAGAUCGUGCGCAUCGCUGACAAUCCAGAUGGCCGCUGGCUGGCACGGACGCACGAGGGCUCUUACGGUUACGUCAAGACCACAGCGGUGGAGGGAGAAGGCGCAUCCCCGGCACAAACAGGGAGGAAUAACAGUGAAGACUUUCCUCCCCCUCUGGAAGAGGACGAGAUCUACAAUGACGUGGACGACGGGGACCUUAACUUACCCCCCCCAUCUAAUCUGGAUGAAAGUAAUGAGGGGCUGGGGGCAGCCAGUGGGGAUGAGGUGUACGAUGAUGUUGACAGCUCCGCCUUCCCCCCUCCCCCUCCCAUGAACAGUCUACCACAGUUGAAGCCCAAGGGUAAACUGGAAGAGAAGGACCCCAAAAAGCAGAAGAAAUUUGAGAAAGAGGAGAAGGAUUUCAGGAAGAAAUUUAAAUACACUGGUGAGAUUACCGUGAUGUACCAGGUAACUGUUGUUCCUGUGUUGACAAGUAAGAAAUGGGGGAAUAAGGACCUCCCACUGAAGCCUGGCGAGAUAAUUGAUGUCAUCACAAAGCCUGUAGAUAACAAACUGAUUGGUCGAAAUCAGGAUGGGAAGUUUGGUUAUGUCUCAACUAGCAACAUUUUGCAAGGGGAUACUGAUGUUUACGAUGACGUAGGUGAAGGUAUGAUGUUUAAGUAUUUUUUUUUUAUAUGCAAGCCCUUGAUCAGCCAGUUGUAUAUCUAUGUAUAUAUUUAACUUACACCUCUAACUAGAGGUACCGAUUAAUUUUAUACAGCUGCAUGUCCCACAGAAAUAAUUCAGAUUAAGUACCUUUUAUGGCAAAAUGCAGGCUGGGGCUUGAACUGGUGAACUUUGGAUGACAGUUCAUUGUUAGCCUGCCUACAUUGCCCGCAAUAUAAUUAAUAAACUACCAAAGGGAAAUUUAGAUGUAUACUGGCAAUAAACGGACCAGAAUGUCAUUUAAGAACCAAAAUGGCACCAUGUCUGGCUCAGUUACACCUACAGCAGAGUGGAAGGUGGACUUCAUGCAGCCUUGCAGGAGCAUUUGGCAGCUUGU